AUGGCUGAAGUCUUUGUUGCAAAUCAACGCACUGGAAACGGUACGCUCCGCCGCGUUUGGGCUCGGAACAGCAACUACAAGCAGUACAACAAGGUCGUUGAAGAGGUGGCAAGCACAAUGGUUGCCUGGGGCGCGUCUUUGCUCCUGUCUGCCGGCAAAGCUGAUGAAGGCCGGUCAACGACCGAAGAAGACUUUAUGGCUUGGAAAGAGAACUUGGUUCUAUUUCUGAAAACUCAUCUCGAUUGGAGAGAGCAUGCCGCCAGUCGGUCUCUGAUCACUAAGGAGUCACACGAGGGAGUCUGCAUCCACAUGGAUAUAAACCUUUCAGGUCAGCCUGAAAUCAAGUACAAGAGUGGAGACCAUAUUGCCAGUUGGCCCGUGAAUCCAAGAGAUGAGGUGGAUCGACUCUUGCAAGUGCUCGAUAUCAAGAAGGCUGACCAAAGGAUCAUAAUCCAGUCUAAAGCCCCCGAGACUGAACUGAGGUUGCCUCGGAGGACCAACGCUUUGGCGCUCUUUGAACACUAUCUGGACAUUUGUGCCCCUGUUCCACGUCAAGUCGUGUUGAGCCUGGUCGACUUUACAAUACCAGAUGUCGUCAAAAUCGCUCUCAGAAAGAUUGGAAAAGACAAAGCCACGUACAGCGCUUUCUUAGCCAGCACUCGCCUCACGUUUGCCCGGCUUCUGGCAUAUACGUCCACCUUGGAUCCGAAUAUCAAUUGGUUAUCUCUUCCACUGAGCUUUGUGAUCGAAUCCAUUCCGACAAUGUCGCCGCGGUGUUAUUCGAUCUCAACUUCGAACAUCACGUCACCGACGCAGGUUUCUAUUACAAUAUCUGUUAAGCAAACGCGACUGGCAUUGAAGCCGGAGGUGGCGAUUUUUGGACUGACGAGCCAGUAUUUGGCCUCGCUCGGUACUUCACCAUGUCAAGACCCUGGGACAGUUCAGAAGCAGAACCCUCUGCAGACGAUACAGGCCCAGAUUAGGCGGUCGAAUUUUAAAUUACCAAUGGCAUCUACCGUGCCUCUGGUGCUGGUUGCCGCGGACACGGGGAUUGCCCCUUUGCGAGCGUUUAUUCCCGACCGAGCAAGAUUGGCAGUGAUGGGACGGCAAAUCGGAAACAUAACCCUGUUCUUCGGGCGUCGUGACACCAAUAUCGAUUUCUUGUACAGAGAUGAGCUAGCCACGGUGGCGGUUGAGCCUCUGGAAGGUAAAUUUGAACUUGUGACAGCAUAUUCACGCGUGCCCGGGAAAGACAAGAGAUACGUGCAGGAUGCAAUGUGGGAAAGGAUGGGAUGA